AUGAAGUUGAACAUCUGCUCAAUCAGACCAAGAUUUGGGGAUAUGUGCAUAUUCCAGCAGGUGCUGAACAACCUUGUUUUGGUCUUGACCCUGAUGAUUACCUCUAAGGGUAUCGCAGGCGUUCCUGGCGUGUCUUUCGUGGUUCUAUUGGCAACUUUAGGCAGCGUGGAUAUGGCUCGUACUGUAUUGAAUGUGAUUGGUAAUGCACUUGCUGUUCUCGUGAUUAGUAAAUGGGAAGGAUGCGGCAUCAUAAUCGUUGCACGACCAUCUUUUGAGGUCACCCCAGAAAUCGCCUCAGGAGAGCCAUUCGGGUUCAAUGGCAAAGUUUUCAGCAGAAGUUUCUGCACGACCUUCACCAUGUGCAACAGCGAUUGGUAA